UAUAUUUUUUAAAUGGUUUUAACUCUGGAGCAUAAAGUGUAAACGUGGGACACAAGAGGCCGCUCUCGAGGUGAAAAGGGCGAUCACCAGGGCAGCAGUGGUUCUCGUCUUUUGACAGCGGCGGCUCCCACACAAACCGGGAGAAAGACGCAAAUAUGCGCUAACAGAGACAGCGGAAUGGCUGUUAAGAUGAAAAGCCACCAGCUUUAAACCGUCUCGCCGGUGCUCGCGGCGAAAUCAACAACCGUUCGCUAAGGUAUCGGCGGGAAAGCAGAUGGAUUUCGGUGCCGUCCACUUCGGCGUCCCGGGAUUUGUUGUUAUUAGCAGCUAAUGCUAACUUAAAGUUGCGAGUUAGCUGGCCUAGCUUGCCAAUGGUCAGCGCGAGGAGAAGAUAAUUCGCUACUUAUGUGUGUUUUCGAAGUACACCCGGUGAUAAAGCAGAGGAAGUUUGUUUAGCUGAUGGAGACCUCGAACUUGGAAUACAGAAGUCCCUUAGCCGCAGCUUUUCAGAGUCCCCAUCCCAGUAGUUGCCUAGCUUCGCAGACAGCCACCACCAUCCCAGGAAGAAUGAGCAGAAAACGUCGCCACUUUAAAGGAACCGAAGUCAGCUGCUGCGUAAAAUACAUUUUAUUCGGAUUCAACAUUAUAUUCUGGUUACUAGGAGCAGCAUUCUUGAGCAUUGGCCUGUGGGCAUGGGCGGAGAAGGGCGUGCUGUCCAAUAUUUCAUCAAUCACAGAUCUGGGGGGUUUGGACCCAGUGUGGCUUUUCAUCGUGGUGGGAGGAGUCAUGUUCAUCCUUGGCUUCGCUGGCUGUAUUGGAGCUCUCAGAGAGAACACAGUGCUGCUUAAAUUUUUUUCCGUGUUCCUGGGUUUGAUCUUCUUCUUGGAGCUGACUACAGGGAUCCUGGCCUAUGUCUUUAAGGACUGGAUCAAGGAUCAGCUAAACCUUUUCAUCAACAAUAAUGUUAAGGCCUAUCGCGAUGACAUCGACUUGCAGAACCUCAUCGACUUUGCCCAGGAAUAUUGGUCAUGCUGUGGAGCUCAUGGACCUGAUGACUGGAACCUCAACAUGUACUUCAACUGCACUAACAGCAAUCCCAGCAGGGAGCGCUGUGGAGUCCCCUUCUCCUGUUGCGUCAAAGAUCCAGCCGAGGAUGUGAUCAACACACAGUGCGGUUAUGAUGUCCGCCGAUUAACGGAUCUGGAGCGGCAGCCUUUUAUCCACACCAAAGGCUGCGUGGGGCAGUUUGAGAAGUGGCUCCAGGACAACCUAAUUUUAGUAGCCGGGAUAUUUGUGGGAAUUGCACUUUUACAGAUAUUUGGUAUUUGCCUUGCUCAAAACUUGGUGAGUGACAUCAAAACCGUCAAAGCCAACUGGUGACAAAAGAAGUGAACUCUUGCAAGGUCAAAACUGCUCGCCAACGGCCCGUCCAGCUGAGGAUUAACAGCUGAGCCAAGCAUGUUCUCAUGCGUGCACACGGGCAGAGUUCACUUUCCCGCCCGUCAGUGGAGCUUUAAAGCGCGGAGCAAAAAUGUCACGUUGACCAAAACAACUGGGAUGUUCAUCCAAAUGUUACCGAACUGUCCUUAUUUUUAAAAAUUUCUUUUUGAUAUUACCCUGUGGACAAAUGUAUGUUCAAGGCACGCAGUUGCACAAGGACCUCAGUGAGACGGAAGACUGGAAGCCAUGGAUAAAAGUGAACUAUGGAGGAAGAAGUGACAGCAUGUUUCCCUUUUAGGUCAGUCAUCACAGAGCCGGUUGGUUUACACUUUAGUUCCCACAUCCUGCUCCAGAGGAUGCUGUGUGGCUGACCCAGAGUGUCAUCAUUUUUCCCCUCGAUUCGUUGCGGACCUUGAAAACUCUUAUUUUUUUUUAAUCUUUACGCCAUUGCAGGAAAUAUGGUUUGAAUUGUUAAGUGCCAUUAAUGUUUUGUGUCUUUGCUUAUCCUAACACCAUUCCCGACCCCCCCCCUCUCCUCAGGGUUUGGCUGAAAAUGUUCCCUUUCUGCCACAAGUUGAAAUCAUAUCUAUUGAAUUGGAGUGGAGCAACUUUAUGCAGAAACAGUGGCAGUUCAUUAAAAGUCAACCUGUUUGGCCUUUAGUGGUUUUGACAGAUUUUGGCUGGUCUUGUACGGAAAUGCCCCGCUGAGAUUAGGAUUGUAGGUCAGUUCAGUUUAAACCGUUUCAAGAUGCUGAUUGUUUGAGUUUUAAUCCGAGUAUCCCUCUGGCACACGGGAUCGCUCGUUUGAGGCCUUUUUUUACUUGAUGCAUGUUACCACACCUGUCUUACCGUGUGAUUUCUGCAGAGUUUAAAAAAAGAAAAUCUCUCUGUUCACACUUCAAUUUGUGUCUUAUGAUUCAUGCAUACGUUUUUAUUUUUUGCCAGGCACUUGUUUUACCUCGGACUCCUACGGUCAACGGCCAAAUGGGUUCUGAAUGUCCAUGUUCGCAGUCCUUACAGAGACCAAAUAAGGUCGGCUGGCCACCAGCCCAACUGACUACAUUUUGUCAGGCUGCUUUUCCAAAAUGUACAAAAAUGACACUAGCAUUCAUAGGUAUUAUAAAUGUGAUUUUUCUUUUGUCCGUUUGUGUUAAAAGUGCCAGUUAAACAGAGGAAUUAAAUAUGUUGUUUUAUCUUUAGUUCAGCGUUGUCUCUUUUUGCAUGAGCUUAAAACAGGUUUCAAAGGAUGCCUCCUGUUGCCCUGGCAACAGCUGCAACACUACACAAAUGCUGCUUUUAUAUGUGACAUUGCAGUAACCGUGCUAACAUAGAUAUUUUCGUUGGUAAAAACGUAGCUUUUAGGCUAAGAAAAUGUAUUUUUUUUUAAAUAAUUUUUAAACUUUUAACAAUGUUUUUUUUCAGCCUGCCGAAGCAUUUAUUUUCACAAGUGGAUGAAGUUGGUGUUAUGUGUAUCGUUUGGUACUUUUGCAGCAUCACCUCUGCUUCCAGCAGUCCCAUCCAAGAACGUAGCAUAAGCAGGAUUUCACACAGAUUUGCUUGAAUGCACGCGGGUCUGCAUGUUCACGCACAGACAGGCGUCUUUGAAGCAGCACGUGCACAUCAAGCACAGGAAAAAAGAAAAAGAUUCAUGUUUUGUGAGGAGCGUGCCAAAACUUUUUCCCUGUAGAGUAAAUAUAAAGUUCCCCCGCUAACACCUUAUGAUCAUCCAGCAUGCGUGUCACCCACGUGUUCCCUCUUCAAAAAUGCCACCUGAUCAGAGUGCAUCUGUUUCACAGCCAGCCACACUGAUGUAUUUUUAAACCGGGGGAAAGAAACGAGGCAGAACAGCAGUCAUCUGAGUCUGGGCGUCGCGUGUGCUCGACCGGGUAUUGCCGGCGGAACACUAUGCCUCUGCAAGGGAGUGACGGUGACUUAAUGACUUGUUCUGCUUCAAGUGGAUGUAUAUAAAUGGGAGAAUCUUGUUCCUUUCAGCACUUUGGGUCUAAUGAGAGAGCAAGCGCCACUGGUAAAUCUGACAAAACUGAUGAAAUGUCAAACAUUUCCUUGUAAACUCUUACCUAAGAUAGUGAUUUUCAUAUAUAUAUAUUUUUUACUUUUGAGUUUCUCAUUUGUUGACAUGUUGCAAAUCAUUUUUUUCCCACCUGUCUACACGUUGAGUAACACGUCAUGAAGUGUUUGAGGAUGCUAAACCAGAGAUUUCUUCUGCAACUCCCUCAAAAAACCCUUUCUGGUUAAACACGCCUAUAAUGACACCAAUCUUUUGGGUAAUAAUAACAAUAAUGCCAGGUUAAUUUGCAGGAGCAGUCUGGCAGGACUGUAAGCUGCAGGCUCUGCAGAAGUGACUCACAGGAGUAUGGGUUACUCUGCUUGUGCAUUCCCUUUAUGUAGAGGAAGGCCAGAAGCAAUCAUUUUUAUGCUUUUGUCCUUUGUCACAAUGGUUGAAACACCUUAAUGUCUCCGCUGUCCCCCGUGGAACCUGAAAUCAAUCCUCUGGCGGAGCGUUAUGCAUACCAUAGACGAACGCAUCAGUGUCAGAUGGCACAGCACAAAUACUUUUACAGGCUGGGAAGCAGCUUUCAAAAAAAAAAAAAAAGAAGAGCGACUUGUUUGCAGACCUACACGGAUGUUUUACAGGUGGUACCAAAAACCUCUCAGCUGCAAAUGUACCUUAUUUAUAAAUGUGUUUAAAACUUUUUUUAUCCCGUUAAGUUCAUUCAUUUUUGCAGUUUUUUUUAAACAAAUCUUACCUCAAUGUGUGUGUUUGAUGCGCACACAGAAAAAAAAAAUAAUUGCGUAAAAGUUGAGUUAGGGAGCAUAUUUAACAGCAAUACCACAGGUGUUUCUGCUGACAUUUUCAUCCCAGACUUUGACAUUUGAUGUAUAUUCAAGCGUAAAACAGGCUGUAAUGAAAAGGAAAAGAAUAUCUUAGCAGUUUCAUGUCAGCAGAUUUGCUGCAGGAUAUGGAAAUUUCUGCCACAGAAAGCCCCAUAAAUAUGUUUUUUUGUGCUGCAGUGCAUCAAUAAAUGUAUUUAAGCAUGCAUUCUUUUUUGUUCUCUGCCAUUCUCUUGCUCUAUACUAUGUCCUUUUAUUUGAUUUUACCCAAUCUUGUGGUUUAUACUUUGUGAAAAUGUAAAUCAGUAUGGUCUGUGACACUGUAAAUUCUGUAAAAAUAAACCUUGUAUUAAAGGGUC